AUGGCGGACCGGAUGUUCAACGAGCUGGACUACACCUACGACCAGAUCGGCCUCUCACUCGUCAUCGAUCCUGCAACUGGUAUUCAACAGUUUGCUUUCCAUGAAGACUCCAUCGUCGUUGAUAUCGCUAGAGCAGCUGGAGGGUCUGGGAAGUAUGAGGAAGUGAAGGUAGCAUACGCCAUCUUCUACGGUCCAGAAUGUACAUACAACGAAGCUGCUCCUCUUCUCCCCACAUUCGACCAGAAUCCCCAAGUCGCAGAGCUUGUCGGAACUUUGAUCGUUCUAAAGACCCUCCCAACCAUACACAAUCUUCCCAAGAUCAACACGAUAAUCAUCAAGACGAGCGAUACGCCGCGCAAUAACGGUUUUCAUGAUCACAUCACCGGAACCAUCUGGAGUUGGGCUGCUAAGGAAUACCUCAACUCGAAGAAGAAACCAGUCGGGUUUGGUGAGCUGUACAAGGAGGUCCAUGAGAAGUUGUUGGAGUUAAACAAACAACAAAUUGCGGUCAAGUUCUGGAAGGUGGAUAAGGAGAAUAAUGCGAAGGUGGAGGAUAUGGCGAGACGAGCCUUGAAGGCUUGAGUAUGUGUGGUGGCUUGCAGGACAAUCAUCUGGAUGGAGUUAGAAAGUGG